GGCUAGGAGAAAAGGAACCAAGUUUAGUUUUGGAUGUGUCCUUCGGCCUCUCGAAUAUCCGAAAAAAAGUUAUGCUAACCGUGAUCCAUUCGGGGCUAAAGAACAUUGUCAAAGAAGUCCUCACUUGAUAGGUUUGACACCUGCUUGAGAAACCAUUUUCGAGACUACGCAUUUCGCUUUGAACCCUCAUGCUAUUUCACGAUCAUUGAAGAGCUCAACAAGACCAGGCCCACACCACAAGAACACGAACCAAAACCCGGCGACGGAUACAAAACUUAUUGAAAGCAAUUGACGACAACAUGGACGAAAUGGAGCCGAUUGGCAACACAACCCUUGAGGAUGGGAACUCGUCCAUGGGGUUUACCCCGAAAAACUUCUCGGAUUUGCGAUGUGGCCGGAUGGAUCACCAUUACAUCCAGGUCUGGAGCGAGAUGCAAUGGUGGUGUGAGGGCAUACUUUUCACGGCCUUCGGCAUCGUUGGUUUGAUUGCCAAUUUGUUUUCAAUUGGAAUCCUGGCCACCCAAGAGAUGAGAAAGCAUUCCUUCAACCAGCUUCUCAUCGCUCUGGCCGUGUUUGACAUCCUGUUCAUCAUUGUGUCAGUUCCCGUGUACUCGUUCACUCUAUUUGAGCUGUUUGUGGGAAAUCAGGUUUUUUCCUUAUUGUACGUUCAUUUCCUGUACCCGAUGUCGCCCGUGGCCUUGUGCGCCUCCAUUUACAUGACCUUGGCCAUUACCGUGGAGAGAUAUCUGGCAGUUUGCAAACCUCUACUAUACAGAAACCUGAGUCACACGAUGACCAGCUUUAAACGAGCUGCCAUGUACGUGAUGCCCGUGGCUUUGGUCUCGGUGUGUCUCAAUAUUCCCAAGUUCAUGGAGACCCAAGCUAACGUGGGCGACAAUUCCACUGAGAUCGAGAUGGCAGACAUGCGACUGAAUCCCACCUACAUGCUCUAUUACACGAUCAGUCAAAUCUUUCAUCCCAUGUUCACCACGGGCAUCUUGCCUAUGGCUCUUCUAAUAUAUAUGAAUACCUCCAUCUUCUUAGGAAUCCGUCGGACCACAGUUAUGCGCAACCAACGACGCCUCCAAUCGACCUCAGCGACUAACAACAACAACAAUAACAAUACGAAUAACCCGGAGGANGGCAAUGCAAACUGUCAGAGGUCGGCUUCGGAUCGCAACCUGGCGUUUGUACUAAUCGGGAUUGUGAUCAUGCACUUACUCUGUCAUUGUCUCCGCGUAUUCCUCGCCGGGGUGGCCGUUCAUCUGAUCAAGGACACGGUUCAUUGCAUGCGGGAAGAGGGUGGCUACGUGCCACCUUUGUGGUCAAUGGUGGCCGAGUCCGUCUCCAGUCUCAUGAUCAUGAUCAACUUCUCUGGCAAUUUCCUCAUUUAUUGCUCAGUCCUCAAGCCAUUCAAAGAGGCCCUCUCCAAGUUGGUACUCCAUUGUCAGAAACCAAGCGCUGUAGACGAGCCCGUUGUGAAUCUAACUAUGAUGAAUACAUGCGCGACCAUCCCACACUCAGCCCCCAAAAGUGCCAAUGCCAAAUCCAUCAUGGGUCGACUUCGACAAAAACAUGUGGUCACCCUGUGCGUGACGGAAGCUGAAACUAUGGCGGUCAAUUCAAAUGUGGCGCCAGAUUCUGGGACUUCUGCCACCAAUGGACCAGGUUUGGAGGCCAGAAGACGUCGUUUAAUGGCUUGUCCUCAAGAGCGGACACGAGCGGCUCUGAUCGCCCAAAAUAGUGUGAGACAAAGUUUUGAAGAGGAUGACGUAGAAGCGACAAAUGAAGGAAACACUCUCCCUGAAAACGAGGAUCUUAUUGAGAAGAACGGUCAUGUACCCACAAAUUAGCACUUGUGCAAUCCAGUAAAUUAUGUUAUUGGCUGACAGAGUACCCUGUUGAUAUCUCAUUUAAGUAUGGGUCUCAUUGUCCUCUAAUAAGUAUACUUACACGUAUUUCUAAGUGAUUAUGGUGAAAUACCGGAAAACUUGCAUUAUAAAUUCGCGCUGACUCGAUCAAUAUUAGAUUUGAAAAUGAAAAGUCAAUUCUGAUGUUACUCCAAACUCUUUCAAGCUUAAAAGAGGAGAACAAAAUCAUCAAUUUGGUAUAACGUUACGCGUAUUGUACGUAUUUCAUUUUUUGAUUCCAAUCAUUACAUUACUAUGUCAAUAUGCACUCAAACAUUUGUCUUCGAUUGAGAGAUCUUAAGCAAGAAGUGUUAUACCGAACUCUCUCAGAUGGAUAAAUCGAAGUGUGAAAUUGGCGAGGUUCUUUUUGUUCUAAUUAUUACAAUGAUGCAUUAAAGAUGUCUUUUUCUCAGUAUGCAUCUCUCUAGAAAUAAAAAUAUGCUUUUGUA